AUGUCUAGUUGGACAAGUCUGUGGUAUGUCUGGUUAAUCUUGCUGACUCUGUUCCUGCUCCUGCUCUGUGGGAUCGCAGCAAGCUGCAUCAAAUUCUGCUGCUGGAAGAAGAGGCUUCCAGUCGAGACCUUCCCUAGGCACCCUUACGAUUUGACGGUUAUUGCUAUUGACAGCGACAGCACUGCCCACAGCACGGUGACCUCAUAUAGCUCAUUGCAGUACCCUCACAGUGCCCCUAUCCAUUCGAUAUUUGUGGAUAUGGAUAAGAACACUGUGUCCCCUCCAGCUUACAGUCUCUAUGCAAUGGACUUGCCGCCUUCUUACGAUGAAGCUGUCCAAAUGGGUAAACAGUGCAUUGACGUAGCACAGACAAGCCAGAAACUCAAUGACAGCCCUGGACAGGUGACACCAGCUGGGCUGAAUCCCAUCCAGUAUUCACCUGAUACAGUCAGCAGAGAUGCAGCAACACAGGCAAAUUCAGAAAAUUCAGAAGAUGCAACACGAGAGCAGCCGCAGCCCUGA